CGUGAAGGGGGGUGGGCUUUCUCAUAUACACAGAUCCCUAUGGAAUGCAGGGGUGCUUCCCAGCAUCGUUUGCUAAUAUUCCUUCUUUUUGUUUAGUUUAAAGAGACCAGUUUUGUUCUUCUAUUUAGAGAGAGAGAGAGAAUGAAGAACUCUUUGCAUUGAGUCCUGUAGCUAGAGAACAAAAAAAAAAAACAAACACCAAAGUUUUCAGAGGAAGGGAGGGCAAGAGAUUUUGCUAUCAUUAGUUUAUUUGCUUCCCAAUCAUUGAGAGUUGCGUUGCUGCAGGAGAUACUAGUAAGAAGAGCCUUUGGGGGAGUGAAAAAAGGAGGAGAGAGAGGAAGAAGAUGAAGUCCAUGAAUGAUAAUAACGGGAGCAAUAAUAAUAACUGGUUGGGCUUCUCUCUCUCGCCCCACAUGAAAAUGGAGGUUACUUCUGACGCUCAGCAUCAGUACCAUCAUCAUCAACCCCAGCCUGUUUCUUCUGCUGUUCCCGCCAGCUUCUACCUUUCUCCUCAACUCAACACCUCUGGAAUCUGCUAUGUGGUUGGAGAAAAUGGCGGUUACCACUCUCCCUUGAGUGUUAUGCCACUCAAGUCAGAUGGGUCUCUUUGUAUUAUGGAAGCUCUCAGUAGAUCACAACCAGAAGGGAUGGUGUCAAGUUCCUCUCCGAAAUUGGAGGACUUUCUGGGUGGUGCAAGUAUGGGAAGCCACGAGUAUGGAAGCCAUGAAAGGGAAGCAAUGGCUCUUAGCUUAGAUAGCAUCUAUUACAACCAAAAUGCUGAGGCUGAGAACAGCAGGGAGCAGAUUUCAGUUCAAAGCCACCUAUAUUAUGCUGGACUUUCUUGUCAUGACAUUUAUCAAACACCGUUGGAGGAGUCUAAGGAGACCCAUAUUGCAGAUUGUAGUUCCCAAAUCGCUGAGGAUGGGAUACCUUCACUGAAAAACUGGGUGGCUAGGCAGUACUCUUCCCAUCAUCAUGCUUUGGAGCAGCAGAUGAAUGGCGGCAACAUGGUUGAUGAUGGUGGAACUUCUGGGUCUGUUGGUACAGUGGGUUGUGGGGAUUUACAGUCUCUAAGCUUGUCAAUGAGCCCUGGCUCUCAGUCUAGCUGUGUUACAGCCACCAGGCAGAUCUCGCCUACUGGAACCGAAUGUCUUGCCAUGGAAACAAAGAAGAGAGGUCUCGGAAAAGUUGCCCAAAAGCAGCCUGUUCAUAGGAAGUCCAUUGACACAUUUGGUCAGAGAACGUCACAGUAUAGAGGUGUUACAAGGCACAGAUGGACUGGUAGAUAUGAGGCCCAUCUAUGGGAUAACAGUUGCAAGAAGGAAGGGCAAACCAGGAAAGGAAGACAAGUUUAUCUGGGGGGUUAUGAUAUGGAAGAGAAAGCUGCAAGAGCUUAUGAUCUUGCGGCUCUCAAGUACUGGGGUCCUUCAACCCAUAUUAACUUCCCGUUAGAAAACUAUCAAGUAGAACUGGAGGAUAUGAAGAAGAUGAGCCGGCAGGAAUUUGUUGCUCACUUGAGGAGGAAAAGCAGUGGGUUUUCAAGGGGGGCUUCAAUGUACCGAGGGGUCACAAGGCAUCACCAGCAUGGGAGAUGGCAAGCUCGGAUUGGCAGAGUUGCAGGGAACAAGGACCUUUAUCUCGGGACAUUCAGCACCCAAGAGGAAGCAGCCGAAGCUUAUGACAUAGCUGCCAUAAAGUUUCGAGGUGUAAAUGCUGUCACCAACUUUGACAUCACCAGAUAUGAUGUUGAGAGGAUCAUGGCCAGCAACACUCUGCUUGCUGGGGAGCUGGCUAGGCGAAACAAAGAUGCAGACUCAAGAACUGAAGCCAUCGAUUAUAACCCGCCAUUGCAGAACGUUGGAGAAGCCAAUCAACCUGAGAAUAACAGCAAUGGGAAUGGCUCAGAUUGGAAGAUGGCUUUGUACCAGCCCCAACAAACACCAAACGCCUGUGUUGAGUCAUCACUUGAUCAUCAGAAAUCUAAUUAUCGAAGUCCCUCUUUCUCAAUGGCCCUGCAGGAUCUGAUUGGCAUUGAUUUAGUGAACCCGAGCCAGUCGAUGGUCGACGACUCGGGCAAACUCGGAACCCACUUUUCAAAUCCAUCCUCACUAGUGACCAGUUUGAGCAGCUCAAGAGAGGUCAGCCCUGAUAAAACUGGCUCCUCAAUGCUUUUUGCCAAGCCCCCACUAGCUAGUUCUUGGUUCCCAACAGCUCAGUUGAGGCCUGCUGCCAUCUCCAUGUCUCACUUGCCAGUUUUUGCUGCAUGGACUGAUACCUAAAAAAAUGCUUCAUGCGUUUGUUUAGAUGUGUAAAGUUUUGCAUGCACAAGUAAAAAAGGAGGAAAAUGGUGUUUGCUGGUGGAGGAAAGGAAAAAGAGGGUGAAGUAAGAAGAUUUUGAUUUGUCUUUCAAAAGUGCUAGUGGAGGAAAUUAGGCAUUAAUGAAAAGACAAAGGGUGCGGGCCAACUAUCUGUCUCUGGCCUCUCAAGUGUAAGAAAACUUUUUUCAAAACUGUGAGCCUUUCUUUGGUUCAUAUUGGAAUGAAAGAUUUUGCAAAAUGGAGGGAAGAAUUAAGGGGGUCUAAUGAUUAAAUUCAAUGAAAUGAUGUUUUGCAAUAUAGAAGUGGCCAUUUUACAUUAUUGAAUUUGCUUUUUUCUACUUUUCUAAGUCAUGCUAAGUACAAAACCAGCUCAAAUGUUUCCCAAUAAUGCAAAGGAGCUUGCUUUGACCA